GGGGUUGGACUUGGCGCCAAUCCUUUCACGGCACAUUCUCCUUUGUUCAAUUGGGAACCUUCGGUCAGGUCGGAUUCCUGAUGAAAUGCUAGAAAUCGCCAGAGCAGAGUAAUGUUGAAGCUCGUACGAUCGAAACCCAGGUUUUGUUUUGCCCUGAAACCUUUGAUUUCCGCGAAAUCUGCUUCGACAUCACCGCUACAAUCCCCAUCUUCAGCUUCAAGUAUUGCUGAUAGCAUACUGAACUGCAAUACAGCAAGAGAAGCGCUCGAGGUCUUCAAUUCAGUUUCAGGGACCGUCAGUUCCAGGACGAAGAGCCCGAAGACCUAUUCAGCUAUAAUUCAUGUGUUAACGUCGGCCAGAAAGUACAGAGAGGCAAGAUGCUUGAUGAAAUGCCUCAUUGAGAACCUCUUGAGAUCAAGAAGCCCUCCAAGGGUCUGUCAGUCCGUGUACAAGGCACUCAGGAAAGUUGAAAGUUCGGGUAAAUUUAGUUCCGAUGUCUUUAGCGUGCUGAUAAUUGCACUUUGUGAGCUGGGUCUUGUUGAUGAAGCCUUGUGGGUGUAUAGAAAGAUUGGGUUUUUGCCCGUUGAACAUGCUUGCAAUGUGCUCUUGGCUGGAUUGGUGAGACUAGAUCAGGUGGAUUCAGUAUGGGAAGUUUAUGAAGGAAUGCUUUCGCUUGGGUUGUGUCCCAAUGUUGCCACUUACAGUAUUAUGAUAAAUGCAUGCUGCCAUCGGGGUGAUAAUACAAAAGCGCAGAAAUUGUUUGAUGAGAUGGUUAGUGCAGGAAUUGAUCCUAAUGUUGUGACUUACACAAUUCUGAUUCAGAAUUUAUGUAGUUCGGGUCAGAUGGAGGAGGCCACUAAGAUGUUCCAAAGAAUGCGGGAAGUGGGUGUCUUCCCUAAUUUGUACACUUACAAUACCCUCAUCGACGGGUACUGCAAAGUGGUUGAUGUUAAACGUGUCAUGUUUAUGUACCAUGAAAUGCUUGGCGAUGGUUUAUCCCCAGAUGUUGUUACAUUCGGUAUUCUGAUAGAUGCCCUCUGUAAAGUCGGAGAAAUGACGGCUUCUAGAAGUUUGUUUGCUUGCAUGGUAAAGUCUGGUGUGACCCCUAACGUGUUUUUAUACAACAGUCUGAUUGAUGGCCACUUUAAGCGAGGGAAUCUACAGGAAGCCAUGGCUUUGCAUUUGGAGAUGGGGAAGUUCAAGAUUUCACCAGAUAUGUUCACUUACAGUAUUCUGAUCAAGGGCCUCUGUGAUGCUGGUAGACUAGAAGAAGCAAUUAGUGCAUUUCAAAGAAUGGAGAAAGAUGGAGUUGUUGCCAGUCUUGUGACAUACAACACCAUGAUCGAUGCUUAUGCUAAAGAAGGAAAGAUGGAGAAAGCAUUAGAGAUUUGCUCAACUAUGACGGAAAAAGGCAUGGAGCCUAAUGCCAUCACCUUUGGAGCACUAAUUGAUGGUUAUUGCAAGAAAAGGAACAUGGAAGCUGCUAUGAGCUUAUUUACAGAAAUGGUGAUCAAAGGAAUUCCACCUGAUGUGGUCACUUACACAGCCCUGAUCAACGGGCAUUGCAAACAGGGAAAUGUAAAAGAAGCCCUCAUGCUUCACAGGCGGAUGCGGGAAUCAGGCCUGACCCCAAAUGUUUUCACACUUAGUUGUUUGAUUGAUGGGCUUAUCAAGGAUGGAAGGACUGGAGACGCGCUCAGACUGUUCUUAGAGGAAAUUAACGCAGACCACGCUGGGCCUGACUCUGGCUCCCAGAACCCUGUUGUCUACACAGCUCUGAUUCAGGGGUUAAGCUUUGAUGGCCGAAUUUUUAAAGCAUCUAAGAUCUUCUCCGAUAUGAGAUCCCGCGGCAUAGUCCCUGAUGCCUUGACCUAUUCUGUAAUAUUACCGGGUCACUCAGAAGUUGCACACAUGAGAGAUGUGAUGAUGUUGCACGCUGAUAUGAUUAAGAUGGGUGUUAUUCCAAACAUAGCCUUGUACAGAGUCUUGGCUCGGGGUUAUCAGGAGAAUAAGUACCAUUAUUCAGCUUUUAUGUGCUCCCAAGAAUUGAAAGCGUUGGAACCUACAUUGUUUCAAUUGGAAGGAUCAUGAGGCUGAAAAAUAAAAUUAAACUGGCUUGGCUAAGGAUUUAUUCUAUGGACUCACACUCCCUGAUCCUGAUCUAUUGCGAAGCAUAUCGAUUGAGUCAUUCUUUUCAUGGGUGCGACUUGAAGAGCUUCUAUGCUAGUAGAGUCAUUCACUUAUUCCAGAAUUUUGAGAAGCUGCAUAUUGACGUCUCGCCUCGCAAUCUCUGAUGGAAGCAGAGAGGGAUUGCACUCGUGCUAGUGAUUAAAUGAUAACUGAUGUUGGUUUGCUGCCUCAAUUUUUUCUGUCGCUUGUACAAGUUUGUAUACUAACUACUGCUACUGCAAUCCUAAUAUAGCCCAAACACAAAUCUGAUUGUGUUACCGAUUGCUCAAUAAUAAGACGCUUGGGAAUGAUUGCCUUGCCUUUA